AUGGCGCAGCAGGCCAUUUUCGAGGGCUUCGAUCCACAAAUCGAGGUUCUCGAGAACUGGAGCGACUUGAAAGAAGUCUCAGCUCUGGAGCAGGCAUCUUGUCUAGCACAAGCUGCGAACAAUCAUCUUCCUUUGCAUCUGCGCCUUGAGACCGGUGGACAGGCGCUGCCUGCCGGCCACGUGCCCCUGGCUCGACUCCUCCGGCUCACUCCGGAAGAUCGAACCUUCCCUGCACCCGUGAAGGUCCAGUUGCCAAUGUGUGCUGGCGCAAGCACUUUGUGGAGAUCCACAACAACUGGCUGGGAGAAAGUCCACAGCGUCAUUUUCGACGACUGUUGCGCAACGGUGAUGCUCGAUCACUUUUGUGACCUAGUUAUCACCGGCGAGCGGGUUCCUCUGAAAGGCCUCGGGUUCCUCCAUCCACAGGGUGGGCACGCACAAAUUGUGGUCAUGCACGUGGGCUGCAAUUUCUGCCAAAGGGGGUUGGAGCUGCUUUGCUCCGACGACGAUGCCUUGAAACGCCUCUGCAGAUGCGGCCCCAGCCUUCAACUCGGAACGUACCGACACGACGAAGAAUUAGAAAUAUAUCAGGCUGGGAAAAAAUCAACAAUGAAGAUCCUCUUUGACCGGCUGCCUUUGCCGUGCAGAGUGUAUGCCCAGUCCGGGCUACAGUUUGAUGUGGAGAUUCAAGGACAGAACCACCACUUUGAAUUUGAAGUGCCAAUUCGAUCAGCAACUCCUGCACCACAGCUUGCUCCAUCUCCGCAUCCUUCAUCCACAGCUGGAUCUGCAUCACAGGCGCCCGCAGUUGCAGGUGCUGUCGGAUCUUCCGGGGUGCCGAACCCAACGGCAUCGUCAGCUGCCUCGACUGACAUGCGAUCGGCGGCGUCACAGCAAGGACACUUGUUGUUGAGCGGGCGCUUCAACAGUAAUGAGAUUAUUGAGUAUAUGAAGACAGUGAAGAAGCAGCUGGAAGCUCGAAAUGUACCUGUUUUCAUGGUUGAAGCAACGGUCGGCCAAAGUUUUGCUGACCUGACACGGAUAGGAUUGUGGCGUGCCAAAGGCAUGAUAACAUUUUGCACGUCGGAAUAUGGGGCAUACACUGGUGUAGGAUAUGAAACUUUCCAUGAGCUUGAAUUUGCUCAUGACCACCAGUUGCCCUUGUUUCCGAUUAGGCUCUGCGAACAGUGGCCACCAGCGCCACAGAACAACGAACGAGGCAUCUGUCAGAAUCAAUUGGUGUUCAAGAAUGGCCUCGUGUACAUAGAUGAUCGGCAGAUGAAUAAGGCCCAACACGUUGCUGAUCAGAUUGCUGAAUCUGUCGCACGAAUGGGCAUCUUCCGAACUAAGCUGCAGCUUUAAAGAUUGGGGGAGCAUGCCUUGGG